AUGAGAGUUCUAUCUACCACGCUCCUCAUUGGAGCUGCAGCUGCAGCUGUGUCUCCUCCCCAGCAGGUCCUCCAGGCUCCCGAGGAGGCUGUGGAAAACACUCACAAGUCCUCCCCCUCGCUAGCCGAGUCUCUGUCACAGCCUCUCCGUGAGCUCAAGGAAGAGCUCAAGUUGCUUACCAACGAAGUCGAGGAAGUCUGGGAAGAGGUUUCCAACAUAUUCCCCGGUGCUUUGGACAACAUUUUCUUCUCUUCUGCUAAGAAACACACUCGUCGACCUGACUCACACUGGGACCAUAUUAUUCGAGGUUCCGAUGUCCAGAACAUCUGGGUCGAGAAUGAGAAUGGCGAGAAGGAACGUGAGGUUGGCGGUAGGCUCGAAGCUUUUGACCUCCGUGUCAAGGCCGUUGACCCAAGCUCCCUUGGGAUCGACCCCGAUGUCAAGCAGUACAGUGGCUACCUUGACGAUAACGAGAAUGAUAAGCAUUUGUUUUAUUGGUUCUUCGAGUCCCGAAAUGACCCAAAGACUGACCCCGUCGUUCUCUGGUUGAACGGUGGACCAGGAUGCUCUUCCUUGACUGGUCUUUUCUUCGAGCUCGGACCUAGCUCUAUUGGCAAGAACAUCAAGCCUAUCUACAACCCGUACUCCUGGAACUCAAAUACUUCCGUUAUCUUCCUUGACCAGCCCGUCAACGUCGGUUUCUCCUACAGUGGCAACUCCGUCAGUGAGACAAGCGCUGCCGCAAAGGAUGUUUAUGCUCUCCUCACCCUUUUUUUUAAGCAAUUUCCCGAAUAUUCCAGCCAAGACUUCCACAUCGCCGGUGAAUCCUACGCCGGUCACUAUAUUCCAUCAUUUGCCUCUGAAAUCCUUUCCCACAAGAAGCGCAACAUCAACCUGAAAUCUGUGUUGAUCGGCAACGGUCUCACUGAUGGCCUCACUCAAUAUGAAUACUACCGUCCUAUGGCCUGCGGUGAUGGUGGCUAUCCUGCUGUUCUCGAUGAAACCACGUGCCGAUCCAUGGACAACGCUCUUGGUCGCUGCCAGUCCAUGAUCCAAUCUUGCUAUGACAGUGAAAGUGCCUGGACUUGCGUUCCUGCUUCUAUCUACUGCAACAAUGCCCUCUUGGGUCCUUACCAGCGCACUGGCCAGAACGUUUACGAUGUCCGCAAGCCCUGUGAGGACAGCAGCCUCUGCUACGCCGAUCUCGAAUAUGUCAGCACCUAUCUUAACCAAGCCGAAGUGAUGAAGGCCCUUGGAGCCGAGGUUGACAGCUUUGAUUCUUGCAACUUUGACAUCAACCGCAAUUUCCUUUUCAAGGGUGAUUGGAUGAAGCCUUUCCACAAACUUGUUCCAGGUCUUCUCGAGGAGAUUCCUGUUUUGAUCUAUGCCGGCGAUGCCGACUUCAUUUGCAACUGGCUCGGCAACAAGGCCUGGACUGACGCUCUCGAAUGGGCUGGCCACGAAGAGUAUGCCGCCACUGAGCUCGAGGACCUUGAAAUCGUCGACAACAAGCACAAGGGCAAGAAGAUCGGUCAAGUCAAGUCCUCUGGUAACCUCACUUUCAUGCGUCUGUUUGGCGGUGGCCACAUGGUUCCCUACGACCAGCCCGAGGCCAGUCUUGAGUUCUUCAACCGCUGGAUCGGUGGUGAGUGGACCAAGUAA